AUGUGGCCUUCUCCUUUGCCGUCACCUGCCAGAUCUGUCAAUGGAGACGAGGUUGUAACAACAGCUGUUAACAAUCCGUUGGCUCAGCAGGGCAUGAAGUGGUUGUCUAAGCUGGGUGAGUUUGUUCAGAGGAAAGUAUCGCAGCAAUCGCGCCCUGGCGAGCAGACGACGGUGGUUCAGGAGACAGUGUGGACCCCGACUCGAGGAUCCCGAAGAGAAACUGAGCCGCUGUUUGACAGGUCGCAGGCACAUAGACUGCAAGAGAUGGCGCUGGCGGCACCGCAGUUAUAUGGCUCGGUGCAGCGAGCCAGUGGAGGCUCGGACUCGUCGAGGUCGUUCACCAAGGAGCAGCUGGAGAACGAGGUCAAAAAACAAGUGGAUCGAGCCUUGGAACAGCAGCGUGGUGUUACCGAGGAAAAUGAGCGGCUGAAGCUGGAAGUGGAAAGACUGAAGGCUGAGAUUGUUCCGUGCGCAGCCAGGGAAGCGACAAAUGCAGCUUUGAGGGCUUUGAGGGUGACAAAUCACAAUGGCCUGCUGUUCUUCGUGGUGAUGUGUUUAUGCUUGGUCAAAGGCGUUCAAGGAGAUAAAGAGGCUCUAUCUUUAGAUGCUUCGGUCGAGUUCUACGUGGUAGCAGUGAUCACUUUGAUUGCGGCAGUUGGUUUGUGGGAGUUCGCCAAGAAAGUUCUGAACAAGACGUGGUCCUGGUGGAAUGCCAGACAGCGCAGGCAGAUGCGCACUGAGAGGCUGAGGAGCAGGACACGAGAUGCAGUUCAGGAGGAGCUGCGACGUCGUGAAGAUGAACUAAUGACGACGCCCAUGACACCACCAACUUCAACGAACCGCUCGAGGAGGCAGGGAUCUUCGGUUCAGGAGGAGUUGCGACGUCGGGAAAUGGAACUGACAACGGCAUCUAUGACGCCACCAACGUCAACAAGCCGCUUGAGGAGGCAGGGUUCUUUGUCUACGUCGAGGCGAUCUAUGGAUGGACAAACAACAAGCUUCGAUGUGGGGGUGCAGACGGACCCAGGAGUUCCCAUGAUUCCAGUCAACAGGUUGUCCAGCUAUACGGGGCCCUUUUAUAUCACUACGCAUGGCGACAAGAUUCACAUGGCAUCGUAUUGCCAUGGGCAAAGGAAUGCUACAAGGGCAUCAAAGAGGUACGACUUGUGCGACUACUGUGAUAGGGCUCGCGGUCUCUAUGUUCUUGUACCUCCAGUAGACGAUUAG